AUGAGAAAACUAACUCUCAGACUCCUUCCUUGCCAUAAAAAACUGGUCAUCUUUCUCAGUUUUGCCUUGAUCAUCAUCAUGCUGUUCACUCCGGCUGUACGCAACUCGGUUUUCUAUCCCGUGUGGCCCUUCGCUUGGAGAGAGUUGGGAACCCUGGACGCCAUCCAGAUUCAGUUUUUCGCCCAGAAUAUAUUGGAUGUGGAGGCGGUAGCUUCGUGUCCUUCAAGGUCUCCUCCAACAGUCAAGCUAUCUGAUGUGGACAGGUCCCGGAUGAAAACCUACACAGAUGUUGACAGUAGUAAACUUCGCAAUCCAGAGCACCAACGAUUCCUGCCUUCUAUGACUGUGGAGGACAAAGUCAGACUAUUACAUACAUAUAUGGUUCUCGCCGAAGCACUGAAGACUGUGAGAGUCGAGUUCUUCUUUGUUCAAGGUUCUUUACUGGGCGUCCAUAGACACAAAGGACUAAUCCCCUGGGAUGACGACAUCGAUAUUGCCGUGAAUGUAUCAGACUGGAAGUUGGUUCGACACGGUCUCUCCUGCAUCGAAGGCUUUGGACUUUCAGUUACAAAUUACAUGCAUUGGAAAUUUUUCUCCAACAAUUCCCAGUCCAGUCCAGGUUUCCCUUUUGUCGACAUCUUUUUCUACACGGAAAACAAACACUUCAUCUGGGCAAUGUCCAAAUCUACGUCCUAUUAUCUAGUCUUUCCUAAAGCUGAUACAUUCCCUCUGACCACUGGGCAGUUUGAAGGACUCAGAGUUCCGGUGCCUAAAAACGUGGACAUGUUGUUGAAAGUUCGUUACAACUACGACACAUGUCAGUCACGUAGUAUGAACCAUAAAAGCCACCAGGUCAUGAGCUGGUCGCAGAUUUCCGACAUUCCCUUGCGCGUCAUUGACUUAUCUCUACCAGAUGUACCACCUGACGGCGACGUAGAGAUAGUCCAGUAUUAUCUUUUUGUUGGUUUCUGGUUGUUUCUUGCUUCAACUGUCCGCCUCCCCAACACAGCUGCCUGA